GGGAAUCCAUAAUCUCCCUGGGCAACCUAUUGCAGUGCCUCAGCAGCCUCGCAGUAAGUUUCUCGCUAACAUCGAGGCUACAUUUGCCCUCUCUCCGUUUGUACCCACUCUCCCUUGUCCUGUCACCGCAGCUCCUGAGGAAGCCAGGCACAAAGGCCGGAGGCACCUUUGGAAGAGCUCUCCCUGCUGCGUGGCCUCAGGGGCUCAGGCUGGCGUGCACUGCCGAAGUGUAGGCACUGCUUCAUUAUCACAGAGCCUCCCUGAGGGCAUAAGGCUCCUGGCCUCACACAAGUAAUGGUUAAUGGCCUUUUUUUUUCUCCCUUUUCCCACUGCCUCCCCAGAAUUUGGCUACCCCUUAGACCCUGCAUCCAAAGACUGAAUAACGCACUCCGGGGUGUCUGUGCCCUUCCCGCCCUCGAGCCCCCCUGAGGCCGGGAUGACAAGGCACCGUGAGCGGAGGGAAAUGGGCACGUCUCUGUGUGUUCCCCUCGCACCGGCAGCGUGGGGACCCUGCGCAAUUCCGGGGGACAGGGACGGAGCCCGCGACUCCCCACGGCUGGCGGGGGGAGCCUCGCGAGAUCCCGCCUGCCCUGCGGCCGUUCUCGCGAGCUUUCCGCCCGGCUGCGGGCGCGGCGGCUCCAUGCGCUCGGAGCGGGAGGCUGGGCCGGGGCAGGGGCUGGGGCUGGGCUCGGUCCGGGGCGGCGGCCGCGACUCGCGACCCAUGGACGCCCCGCUGCUGCAGGAGUCGCCGCGCUGCGACACGGACGCUCCGCCGAACCCGCCGCCGACGUCCCCGCCGUCCCCACUGCCGCCGCCGCCGCCGCUUCACCCGGCGCCGGGGAAACAGCGGGAGGAGAAGAAAACGGCGCUGAGCAAAGUGGUUAUUCGAAGGCUUCCUCCUUGUCUAACCAAGGAGCAACUUGAGGAGCAGCUGCAUCCUCUACCUGCCCAUGAUUAUUUUGAGUUUUGCACUGCUGAUCCCAGCCUUUAUCCUCAUCUCUACUCAAGAGCAUACAUUAACUUUAGAAAUCCUGAGGACAUCCUUCUUUUUAGAGAUCGCUUUGAUGGCUAUGUCUUCAUUGAUAAUAAAGGUUUGGAAUAUCCUGCAGUGGUUGAAUUUGCGCCAUUUCAGAAGAUUUCAAAAAAGAAGCUGAAGAAGAAAGAUGCCAAAGCUGGGAGCAUUGAAGAUGAUCCAGAAUAUAGGAAAUUUUUAGAGAAUUAUUGUGCUGAUGAAGACAAGAUCUGUGCCAAUCCUGAGAUUCUUUUAGGAGAGAUUGAGGCCAAAACAAGGGAACUCAUUGCUAGAAGAACAACACCCCUUUUGGAAUAUAUUAAAAAUAGAAAAUUAGAAAAGCAGAGAAUUCGAGAAGAGAAAAGAGAAGAACGGAGGCGGAGAGAAUUGGAGAAGAAGCGUUUGCGGGAGGAAGAGAAAAGGAAGCGCAGAGAAGAAGAAAGACGUAAAAGAAAAGAAGUGGAGAAGCAAAAGAAGAUUUCUGAAAAGGAAAUAAGGAUCAAGCUUCUCAAGAAGCCUGAAAAAGGAGAUGAACUGGCCAGUGAAAAGCACAAAGGUGAAGAAGCUGACAUUGAGGAAAAUAAAUGGGAUAAAUCACCUGGAUCUGGAAGUAUAAAAUCCAAAUCUUUGGAGAGUUCACUAAAAGAAAUUAAGGAAAAGUCACAAAAUGAUAGUGACAAAGAGCAAAGAGAUUUGGAGAGAAGAUUUCGAGAAAAAGAACCUGAAAGACAAAGGUAUCGAUUGGAUGAUGGCAGAAAGCAUAGAACUCACUAUGAGUUUGACAAGUUUAUGAGAAGGAAUGAAGAAGAGCUGAAAUGGGGGAAAGGAUACAACCAAGACAGAGGAAAGAAAGGGAACUACAACUACAGCUUCACUGUGGAGGCAGUAGACAAACUGGGUAAAGAGGACAAGUGUGAUGACAUGGCAUCCAAAAAGGAGCGCAUAAGAAAUAAGGAUCGCCCAGCCAUGCAGUUGUACCAGCCAGGAGCUCGCAUCCGAACACAUAUGGGACCUACAAGUAAAACCUAUGACUGCAGUGGGAAACCCUUUGAAGAUGCUCUUGAUAAAAAGUAUGAGGCAGAUAAUUCAGCUGGAGCUAGUUCUGAAAAGACUGAAGAAACAGAAUAAAACAGUCUAGGGGAAAAGUCUUGUGAAAAGGAAUGAAUUUCAGAUUCAGCAUCAUCACAAAAAUCCAUUGGGCUGUUUCAGAACUUCACAGGCAAUUGCAUCAACAAAAUAAUAGCUCUGCCUCUUACUUUCUGUAAAAUAAAGGGAAGAGUGACUGGAGAUAUGUAAAAUAUCUUACAGCAAAGGAAUAUUGUUACUUUUUUACAAAAAGCAGCUCAAGCACUCUUUGCCUAAUUUAAAAGCAGUUAAAAUAUUUUAUUAGAUUUACCUUGAAACAGAAAACCCUCUAACAAUUUUGAGGGAGUAUUUAUAUAAGACUUUAGAGAAGCUAUGUCUGCUUCUUGAGUCUAAAGAAAUGAGAUGUAAAUUUGCAUCAGUUUGAAAUCUGAGGCACUUUACAUGUAUUUGGUGCAUGACAUGAGAGUCCACAGGACCCCUUCCUGCAAAUGGCAGGGGUGGGGGCUGCUGCAGGAUGUUGCAGAUGGACUCAGUGGGACCAGCCCUGGGACAAAGCUCUGGAGCCAGUGGUGUUUGCAGGAUGAGGCCCACAGUUUGCACAGUUGUGAGGAAUGUCCAGUGGUAUCUGUACCUCAUGGUGUUUACAUUGGUUUUCAAUUAACUGUAGUGUCAGAUAAGUGUUAGUAAAGCUACAAGUAUGUUGUUGGAGAGUUUGUCUUUUUCUGAGCCACUUUUGCCUUUUAUGUUUUAAUAGAUUCCUUGUGCUUAAACUAGAAGACUGCUAAUGCAAACAUCAGCACAUUAACAAUAAAUCUGUUUUUAAUUAAUUAGCUGUUUUUUAUCGUUCUGACACUGACUUUUGGACAAAAAAAAGUGGUUGUACAGUGAUGACUUUUUAUAUGCUAAUGUUUCAUAUAAGUUGCAGUAACAGGAUUUGGAAAAUGUAAAAUACAUGAGCAUUCUGCAGUUUUGUUUGUUAAAAAAUUAAACACACAUGAAUGUCAAUUGCAAACUGUCAUUUUGUAAGAUCCAGGCCAAAUUCUGCCCUCUAAGGUAGGCACAUAUACAUGUGUGUAUGUGGGGGUGUGUGUGUCUUCUGUUGGUUUCAAUGAUAGAUGUAUGUUUAUGAAAGGGCAGGAUAUGUUAAUUUAUCUUUCAUGACUGAAAAUUUCUCAGCUGUCUAAAACUGAGACCUGCUUUGUCAUUGAAGUUAAAUAGUAAGAUAUUAUUUUUACAUCCUCUCUGAACAUUUUAUUAUUGAGCACAACAUCUAAUUGUCCUAGAUUGAAAAUUAUUUAUUGUAUUUUGCCAGAUAUUAAGCAUUAAAUAGAAUAAAAGCAAAAAAGAUUUUGACUAUGA